AUGGCAUUGCUUGUGUGGUUUGCAAUGGCAUUUGCCCUCUUCUCAACCCCAGGCCUGGCGGACCCCCAGAUGUUUAUCCCUUUGAACUUUGGAUACUAUUGCCCAAGAUACGAGAACAAGACUGAAGUUACGGGAGAAAGAUGGCAGAUUGGUCUUUCUGUGCCAGGCGGUGAAAAAAUCAGCGUCACUAAAACAUAUACGGUUGGUAUAACAUGGACCGCGGGCGUCUCUUUUACAAUUGGCCCCAAGGAUAAGAUUAUGAGCAUAGGCAUGAGCUUCACGAUAUCGGAGUCCGUCACUAGCUCAAUCGCACAAGGUGUUACUAGCGACUGUGGUGAUCCGGAGGCGCCGGGGCCGAAACGUUGGCGCUGCAGCAUGUUGAUCAUCCCGAGCAUGCUCCGUGUCAAUGGCCAUCUAAGUGAAUCUGACGACAGGCCAAAUUGUCAGAGAGUGCAAAGCAAAAGUGGAGGCAAAUUCGAGUUCGAGGCUCCGAUCGUGGACAAAGGAGGCAACCCCAAAUGGACGUAUGUGGUUUGCACAUGCACAAACCUCAAGCACUGGGCCGACCCGGGGCAUCCUCCCACUUUGUGCAUCGAUCCAUGCACGCGCCCUGAGGGAUGA